AUGAUUAACGAAGCAGAAUUUGAAUCUCAAGUUCGUCCUGAAACAUUUCAAACUAUGUUAGAAGAUGCUGAAAAGCCGAUUUACCCUAAUUGUACUAGGUUUACUAAAUUAUCGACGCUUAUUAGGCUAUACAAUUUGAAAGCAAAACACGGGUGGAGUGAUAAGAGUUUGACAGAGUUACUAGCUUUCUUAGGAGAAUUAUUACCCGAAGGUAAUGAGGCUUGCAAUAUGAAAAGAUACAUGCAUGUCCUAACGAUUGCAUCCUAUAUCGAAAGAGAGAAAACACCUACUGCCAGGGCCUCUGCUCCACCAACUGGCAGGGCCUCUACUCCACCAAAUGCCAGGGCCUCUGCUCCACCAGCUCCCAAGGCCUCUGCUCCACCAGCUCCCAAGGCCACUAUUCCAACACCUCCACUUGUUGCCCCACCAGCCACACCUUGUGCAGCUGCUCCACCAGCACCAUCUCCGGUUACUUCUGAUAAUAGAUUGAGGUGUGAUAUGUACGUGAUUGAUCCCAAAGAAAAAGAUCCGGUCUUAGUUGCAUCAGGUUAUGUGAAACUUGAAAAGGCAGACAAAGAAGGCAAUAUUAUAAUACAUGGAGUUAAAAAGAAGUUUGAUGAUUUCAAACGUGUCUUUAUUGAGAAGGUGGUUGAAGAAAAUGCCAUUCUACCAUGCCCUAUAGAACAUGAAGGCUUCGACACAGUUGGUUUAGCUGUAAACAAUUUUGUAGGUUGGCCAAAGAACCUAAUCAACAUACAUCCAGAUGAUUUAGCGAAGAUGAAAGGAAAGAAGAAAGUUUCAAGAGAUCAUUUGGCUCCACCGACUCAGCCACCGAUAAACCCAAAGGGGCCUAAUAAACAGUCUGUCAAACGGUACAUUCCCCCUGCAAAGACACAAUUAUUGUCAGGACUUUCAGAGAUUGUGAAGAAUUGGCCUGCUAAGAAAUCAAAGAGGUACUAUAUUAAACCGGAAGUGUUCGGAGGAGAAGGCCAAGAGUGUUGGAUCAGUGCUGACGAGGUAGAAGAUGUGUGCGAGCUCCAUAUGAUUGGAAAUACUGUUAUGUCGCUUUGGUGCAGUUAUUUGCAAGAACACACACUUAAUCUUGGUGGGUUGAGGAAUACAUAUGCAUUUAAUAAUCCUGCUUCAGUAUCAACUGAAGCUGGUAAACUCAAACAACGUUCAGAGAAUCUAUGUCAGCGAAUGAUGGGUAUGCAACCUGAACAAUGGUUGAUAUGUCCGUGGAAUUCAGGUGAUCACUGGUUGACAAUUAUGAUUCAUGCCAAUACUCAAAGUGUUGCAUAUCUUGACUCGACGAAUGACUUUAUCCGAACUGAUAUUAUGAAAUGUAUCCAAAAUGCUGUGGACAUGUACAGGAUCGAAAAAAAUAUACGAAACAAGGGUCCAGUAAAAAUCAACCAAUACACGUGUCGACAAAGAAUGGAUGGAGUACAAUGUGGUUAUUAUGUUAUGAAGAUUAUUCAGAGUUUCAUGACGGUUGUUAAUCCUGCAAGUUUUUUGAAAAAUCAUUUCAAGUUAGACGCUCCCUAUAGUAACGAGGAGAUCAAUGCCGUACGGGAUGAGUUUGCCGAAUUCGUGAAGCCAUUGAUUAUAGAUUAAGUACUUAAGGUUACUACACUUUUGAUAUAAUACAUGAGUAACAAGUUUUAUGAUUAUUGUUAUCUUUCGCAUAUAUUAUUAGUUUAUAUUUAGUUUACGAUAUACAUGGAAUUUAAGUUUUAGAAUCGAUUUUAUUAACAAUUUUGGUAUUGUGUGAUUAGUUAAUAGAAUCGAUUACUAAUUUAAUAUAAGUUUUAAAAAUGUUAUUUUAA